UUAGCCAUUAUAUUGUUACCAUAUUAGUGUAUAGUAUAAUAGGAAGCUUAUAUUCUCUCCAUAUAGAUAGGAGGUUAGUUAGGGCAUCGAUGCUUAUAUAUUGUAUCAUUGAUAUUGUAUUGUUCAAGCAAUAUUCAAACCAUAAUAUGGUAUCAGAGCUACUCUAGCUCUUCCCUUCCCUUCGUUCAUUUUUUUUCCGAUCGUUUCCCAUGGACGACCAACCCAAAAACACCGAUACCACCUCUAAAACAAUCACCACCGAUUCCGCCUCCAAAACCCUUCGCCCAGUUUAUUCCGUAACAAACAUUCAAAACAAAGUUCGCAUCCUUGAUGGCGAAAAAGAUACCUACUCCGCAUGGGUGAAACUUUUCAGACUUCAUGCCCACGGGUAUGAUGUGUUACACCAUAUCGAUGGCACCGAGCCCCCAGCCAAAACUGAUCCGUCUUACGAGGCGUGGUCCAAAAUUGACUCCAUUGUCCUUCAAUGGAUAUAUGGAACUCUUUCAGAUUCCUAUCUCGCUCGUGUCCUUGAAACAGGUUCAACGGCUCAACAAGCGUGGGAUCGGAUCCAAACCAUUUUUCUUAAUAACAAGAACUCUCGAGCCGCAACCCUGGAACAUGCUUUUACAACCACUACUAUGGCCUCAUGCUCAUCUAUGAAUGAGUAUUUUCAACGGAUGAAAGAUCUCGCGGAACAACUUAAUGAUGUCGGUCACCCGGUUAGUGAGUCUCGGUUGGUUCUUCAGAUGGUUACGGGUCUUCCUCAGGAGUAUGACACCGUCGCCUCUUUCAUCACUCAGGCUGAUAAGUCAUGGGAUGAUGCUAGAGAGAUGAUUGAUCGUGAGCAACGACGGCAUGCUGCUCGUCAACAAGCCCAUUCGGCCCUUACUGCUUCCCAUGGCACCCCUCAAAACACUACCAAUAAUAACCCAAACCUUACUGCUUCCAACCCACCACCCCCUCAACCAUAUCACCCAGCCCAAACCUUUGACACUUACCAGCCUCGUAACCAAACUAGGGGCAGGGGCCACGGCCGCAACUCAUACCGAGGACGUGGCCGGGGUUGCUACUCCUACUACCAAAACCCGAACCAACCCACUAGCCAAUCCAACCCCCAACCUCCAAACUACAAUCAAGCCUACAACCCAUAUCCUUGGUGGGCCGCUCCACCUCCUUGCCCUCAUCCAGCCCAAUCACCAUGGACCUCCAACUGGACCCGACCCAACAACCCCACUCCACCCCCACAGCAGCCGAACCCAACCACCCACCCCCUGGCUAGGGCCUGGCAGCCCCACCACCCUCGUAUCCAUACUCACCGCAACCCGGUUACCCGGUAACAACCCCUAUCGAUCCACUACAACCCACCGAACUCGGCACUGCCUUAUCAACCCUCACCCUCAACCAACAUAUGCCACAGUGGAACAUGGAUACCGGGGCUUCUUCGCACCUCACUUCGGAUCAAGGAUCUCAAGACUGGACAACCUCUUUCGCGCCAUGAUAGCACCGGUGAUCUUUACCCUUUCACCCCACCCCGUCAAGUUCUUUUCGCAGCUGCAACCAAUAAGUGGCAUGAUCGUCUUGGACAUCCUGGCACACAAGUUUUAAAAUUUCUUUCUAGUCGUUUUAAUAUUCCAUGUAAUGAACAAUCAUUUGCUUUUUGUGACUCUUGCCAUCUAUCCAAUAGUAAACGACU